AUGGCUACCCGUCCAUCCCAGGCAUCCCACGCAGGCGCAACAUACCAAUCUUCUGCCCGGUCCCCGCACACUGCAAAGUAUCGCUCAUCCAGCAUGCCUGCUUAUCUACUAAUGCUUGUGGUCGCUUUGAUUCCCGCCACGCAGGCCGUGCGGAAGAUCACCAUUGACAAUCAGUGCAAGGGGACAGUCUGGCCAGCUAUUCAAGUCGAAUGGCCGAAAAACGCACCACCUGGACCAAAUCCUACCAAGAUGGACGGCUCUCCGCAGCCAUUCGGAUGGAAGCAGCCUCCCGGCAAAUACUCUUUCCAAGUGCCUGACGAUUGGACGCGCAGUCGCAUCUGGGCGCGGACAGGCUGCAAGGACGAUGGAACGGGGUGCAAAAUCGGAGGUUGUGCGAGCGGUGGACAGUGCAAUGGCCGCGACUGGGGCGGGUCUGGAGGUACACUGGCCGAGUUCACACUGUUGACGACGAAGACGAUACACCAGUCUACGGACAAUUAUGAUGUGUCUAUGGUGGACGGAUUCAAUUUACCGAUGACCAUCUCUCAUUCUGCCGGCUGCGAGACCGCUUCAUGCGGUGUGGGGGCCGGCCAUGAUAUCUUGACAAUGUGCGAUUCGAGAUUGGCAUAUCCUCCUGGAUCGGACGUCGUCUGGGGCUGCGUCUCGCCGUGCAAUGUUGGAAAGCAGCUGUCGCCCGCAUUCUCGGGGGAAAACUCAGUGUGGUGCUGUAAUCAGAACGGCGUUGCAAUCAGCCCCCAGACCCGGUGUGACAAGAAGGACAUCCCGUUUUACACCAAGUACAAGCCGCACUGUCAAAAGGCCUAUGUAUUCCCGGCGGACGAUAAUUACCAUGAUCCGGAUGCUGUCUUCAUGUGUAACAAACCAGGAGACUUCACCAUCACGCUCUGUCCAGGGGGGAUUGGCGAAGGCACAGCGCCCAAAUCCAAGCCUAUUGUCGUGGAUCCUGGGAUAUCUCUACUGAACGGUGGUCGCUUGGGCAUGGCGAAACGACGAGCCGAUGUGGAACGAUCUGAGUAG